UGCUUGAGCGCCGGCAGACAACCAAUCAUCUUGCAUGCAGUUUGCAUUAUAGUUGCUCCUUGAUUUUUAUCAACUCCUUUAACGCGUUGAACAUUUCUACAACUCCAUCGAUCGCCACUGAGAGGAAUAUCAUCUUAAUCUGGACUCCUUUUUUGUAUUUGAAUGAAGUUGGAAAAGUAAGUUUGGAGAGGUGGACACCCCCUACAUUUUUUGGCUUCCGCCGCCAAUGUCUACGGGACAUCGGUCUGGAUAUUGGAGGAACACUAUGACAAACAGGGAGAUGAACAACAACCGCAAACUUUUAAUAGUAGGCCUUGCCUGUGUUGAUAUUGUCAAUGUUGCUGCCGGUUAUCCAACAGAAGACACAGAUCAAAGAUUACUAGACCAGCAGGUGAAUCGAGGAGGAAAUGCUACCAACACAUCUGUCGUUCUAUCACAGCUUGGCUCUCACGUUGAAUGGCUAGGCACGCUCGCUUCUGAUAAACUGGCCGAUGUCAUCACUGACGAUCUUGAAAACUAUGGAGUGCUAUAUGAUAAAGCACGGCAAUAUGAGAAUUGUGUGACACCUCUUUCUUGUGUCAUAGUCAAUGCCUCAACAGGAUCAAGAACAAUUCUUCAUAAAAACAAGGCAUUACCAGAAGUGGAUCCAAAGGAUUUUGAAAAGCUGGAUUUAGAUGACUAUUCCUGGAUUCACUUUGAGGGUAGAAAUGAAGUCAACAUAGAGAAGAUGAUAGCAAUGAUUGAGAUGUACAACAAGAGUAGAACAGAUUCAAAACCUAUCACUAUAUCUUUAGAGGCUGAGAAAUCACGAAACGUUACUCACAGUUUACUUCAAAAAGGAGAUUUUGUAUUCAUUAGCAAAGAUUAUUCUAUGUAUAUGGGCUUCAACAGUGCAGACGAGUGCUUGAAUGGAGUCAAGGAAAGGAAUCUGUUAAAGAUAGGAGCCAAAGCCAUCUGUGCCUGGGGUGAGAAAGGAGCCUGGGGAUUGGAGGAGAGUGACAGGAUAGUGCACAGCCCUGCUUUUCCACCAAUCAAAGUUGUCGAUACACUGGGUGCUGGGGAUACUUUCAAUGCAGGGGUUCUUCAUGCUCUAAAUCAAGGGAGAACAGUGGAAGAAGCUGUAAGGCUCGGAUGUCAAGUAGCUGGCCAGAAGGUCGGACAGAUAGGCUUCAACAUAGAUACAACGUCAUUGGAUCUAUUAUAACCCUCAUUUAGCCUUGUUCCAAAGGUAGCUAAUGAGAAUAUGAUUUGUUGUGAAAUUGUAUGCAACUCGCAUCCUAUUUAAUGUUUUGAAAUACCCCUAAAAAAUGCAGUGUUCUAAUAUGCCACAUGAAAUACUCUGCAACUGUUGUUUGGCAUUUAACCCCAAGUAGCCCGGGCUAUUUUGAAAUUGCAUAGCCUGUGGAAGGGGGGGGGUUGACAAUUUUUUUCCCUCCCAGCACAUGUGGCAUUAGUUACCAUUGUAUUAACAUUUUUUCGUUCAGUCAAGUUGGUCCUUAUUGUCAAAUCUAUAAAAUCGAACAUUAGCCCAGAGAAAACGCACAAAAAUACCUAUUUUUGAAGCAUGAUGAUUGGAGCUAUCCCUAAGCAGAAUAGCUGGGUAGCAGUAUGCAUUUCUGUGUUAAGUAGUUUAUAAGCUUUUAACUGAUAUAUUACCUUAUUAAUGGAUGUACUGGAAAAAGCAGAAAGCUGCAGCCAAGUUUCCAGGUCUUGCUUUUGUCAAUGUCACUUUUAGGUCUGAUCCGUGUCUUUAAAUCAAUUCAUAAAGGGUCUUGGACUUUGGACCUAUGGGAAAAAUGCAGUAAAAAUUCAAUCAAUUGUAGAAAUUAAUUUGAUAAUCAGUAAGCCUUUAUGCAGUUGUAACUGCAUGAGCAGUAAUUAGAGAUAAACCGUCAAGGUGAUUUUCAAAUCUAUUAACGUAAGCAUUUGUAAUUUGAUGAUUAUUCCUGUGUUCCUUUUGAAAUAUUCUUUUCAUCAUAUCCAUAAUUGUUGGUAUAUGACAAUAUUCCAAAUACUACUCAA